CCUGGAAGUGACAUCACCAAGCCCUUCCUGCAACCAGACCGGCAAGAUGGCGGCGGACACGCAGGUUUCAGAGACGCUGAAGAAAUUUGCUGUAAAAGUAACUACAGCCAGUGUCAAGGAGCGCAAGGAGAUAUUUGGAGAGCUAAAGCAGUGUAUAAAGGGCAAAGAGUUACCAGAGCCCGCCGUUAAAGGACUGUGCAAGCUCUUCUGUCUCACAGCACACAGAUACCGGGAUGCUGCAUCACGCAGAGAGGUACUCUCUGUCAUUGGCCAGCUGGCUGACAGUCAGCCUGACAUCCUGGUGAGCAGCCUACUCCAUUGCUUGCUCAACAGUGGUGUUCUCUGCAAAAAUGGACAGCCCAGUAAAAGCUCAGGCUCUGCUGCCUUUAUCGGCUUCUCUUGGACCUGCCUUUUAGUACUUCGUGUGUUUUCUGACUCCGACAAAAGAGAAGGGCCGAUAUGGAAGAAACUGGUGGAGGUUCAGAGCCUUCUUGUGGCUGAAGUAGUUGGUGGAGCUAGGACAACAGCUCAGAAAUCAUGUCUGAAGAAUGUCAGUCACCUUUGGCAAGACAACCCUGGACUGGUUGAUCAGUACAUUAGCACUCUGCUGAGUCUAGAUCAGAGUCCUAUUACCCUGCCUAUGCUAGGCAUGUGUUUAGACUUUUGUGCAGCCCAGAAGGAUAAAACUACAAUAGAAAAGCAUAAGAGUGCAGUGUUGGACCUGUACGUCAAGUCUGUUCUUAUGAGCAAGACAAAACCACAACAGCAUAUUUUGGACAAAACCAGGUUCUUAUUACGUCAUGUGUCCCACUCUGAGUUCAGGGAGCUGCUGCUCCCUACUGUUCAGAAGACAAUGCUUCGUAGUCCAGAGAAUGCAAUGCAAACCAUUUCCUGCCUGCUGUCUAGUGUGACUCUUGAUCUCAGUCAGUAUGCCAUGGAUAUUGGAAAGGCCAUAGCAAGCCAGUUGAAAGCUAAUAACACCCAGCUGAUGGAGGAGGCAGUCCAGGCCAUGCAGAACCUGGCCAGGCAGUGUAGUGACCCCACCGCUGUUCAGGACAUUGUCUCACACCUCUUUAAGAUCCUCGGGGGAUCUGAGGGAAAGUUAACGGUUGUUGCCCAAAAGAUGAGUGUGUUGUCAGGGAUCGCCAGUUGCAGCUGUCAUGCAGUGACAGGAACCUCCAGCCAGACUCUCAGCUCUGCAGUCACUGUAAUGUUUGUCCCCUUUUUACAACAAGAAGUGCAUGAGGGAACCUUGGUCCAUGCAGUGUCAGUGCUCGCCCAGUGGAGCAAUCGCCUUACAGUAGAAGUCCCCACUGCUUUCCUGGAUUGGUUGAAAAAAGCUUUUACCCUUAAGACUUGCACCUCUCUGGUUCGACAUGCUUACCUUCAGGCCAUGCUGGGGGCGUUUAAAGGUGACACUCUGUCCCAGGUCUCAGACCUCAUGCCCUUGUUGAUCCAAACAGUAGAGAAGGCAGUAGCACAAAACUCGCAGAAUGCUCUGCUUGCAGAAGCUGUGGCAGCCUCUGUUCUUUUGAGUCGAUUGGCUUUGCUUGAGACGCUGCCAGAGACGAAGUUUUCCAGUUUUUGGAACAUGGUGUUGGAUGAAAAAAAGCCACUUUUCACAACAGAGAAGUUCCUCUCUCAGGCCAAUGAGGAAACUUUGCUCACAGUGCUGCUGUUUUGCGAAAGGCUCUUUUUGGAUCAUGCCCACAGACUUAAUGCCAGCAAAUCUCAGAUGUACCACCGCGCGACAGUGGCGGUUUUGUUGUCUCGGAGUUGGCAUGUGAGGAAGAGGGCACAACAGAGCAUCAAGAAGCUACUCUCCUCCCUGGGUGGAUUCAGCCUUGCCCACGGCCUUCUUGGAGAACUUCGUGUGGUCAUUAACAAACACAAAGUUUUAACCCAAGAUGUCUUGGUAUCCGAUUCGGGAGAGCUAACCGAGCUAGGUCGUAGUUAUGUACCCCCUCGUUUUCUCCUGGAUGUCCUUUGUGUGGUUAGCUCCUCUGCCGGUCAAUGGGGUGACUCUACCGAGACAGAGAAUUUAGCCAUGGAGCUCCUCAUAGUCACUCAUCACCCAUCCAUAGUUGAAGCUCGCCGUGGGCUCUGGCCCGUUCUGCUCUCCAGCAUGAACAUAAAAGCAGAAGAAUUCAUAGAAAAGAAUCUGGAGGUCAUUCUGACACAUCUACUGGAGGUCAACGCUGACAAUCAGGCAGUAAAGAAUGCUGUCGGUGCCCUCUCUGCUCUAUCCCCCAACAAACUUUUGCCACGGGUGAUCAGCCAUGUCACCAAGGGGCUUGCUCAACCUGCUUUACUUCAGGUCACCAGGGAGGAGUAUGCUAUAAUGCUGACCCCUGAAGGACAACUGUAUGACAACAGCAUUAUCCAAAGUGCUCAGAAAGAAAGCACCAAGAAAGUCAACAUGAAGAGAGAGAACAAGGCUUAUUCCUACAAGGAGCAGAUCAUUGAGCUGGAGUUACAAGAGGAGCUCAAGAAGAAAAAAGGCAUUAAAGAGGAGGUGCAGCUAACUAGUAAACAGAAGGAAAUGAUUCAAGUCCAGCUUGAUAGAGAGGCUGCUAUUCGCAAGAGACUUCAGGGGCUGAAUGAGGAGUUGAUGAGUGUGGUGGGUCUGUUAGAAGCUACUCUGGUAGAGAGACCAGCUCAGAUCACCAGGGAGCUUCCUAGUGUCCUUCAGGUCCUGAUGCCACUGCUACACUCUCCUCUAGCUGCUCCGUGCAUCCAGAAGGUCUUCUUGGACAUCGGAGUAUGCCUUAUGCCAAAAGCACUUCAUUCUCUAGCUGUACUUGUGGGGCAUGUGACUUUGCGGUUAAUGAAGCCUGAGUGUGAUCUGGACAAGGCCUGGGGACAGGAGGACCUAAAUACAGCAGCCCAUCGCACAUUAGUGCUGCUUCACAACUACACUGUCCCACAGAGAGAUGGCAAGACUACUGAAGUUGCUCCGCUGUCUGCUCCAGCCUUUUCCUUUUGCUUCCCUCUGCUCAACACCACCCUCAGAGACUCUUCAGGCAGCACAGAGGAGGCAGAGAACAUUAUGACAAGAGCUUUGCAGGUCAUCAAUGAACACUCACAGCUUCGAGCCAGCACAGAAAGUGAUGACCUUGUGAUAGAUGAGAAUGGCCCUGAACUCCUUCCACGUGUAAACAUGCUGCAGCUACUGACAAGAAUUAUUUCCACUGGCACCCCAAGACUCCAGGUGUUGGCUUCCCAGUGCUUGACUGCCCUGUGUGCCAGUGCUGGAGGAGGAGAGGGCUGCACUGUAGCAGAGCAGCCAGAGAUAGAUGUCCUGCUGGAUGCUCUGAUGUCACCAUGCUUCGUGGUCCGUGAUGCUGCUCUCAGGGGAUUGUUGGAGAUGGAAUUUGCAUUGCCCACAGACAGCACAGAGGCCAGCGGGCUGAACUUGCUUUGUAGACUUUGGGUUGCCAGGUUUGAUGUUGAGGAGGAAGGAAGAGCCUUAGCAGAGAAAUUGUGGGAGUCUCUUGAUCUGGAGUUGGUCUCUGAUCUCUGCUCCCUGCUAAUUGGAGACAUCACCCACCAUGAGGAGGCAGUUCGCUCUGCUGCAGCUGAAGCUUUGUCAAGUGCUGUCUCCCAGUACACAGACCAGUCUGCUGCAGUGCUUGGCCAGUUGACUGAACUCUACCACCAGAAACUUUAUAGGCCCCCACCUGUGCUGGAUGCCCUGGGCAGAGUCAUAUCUGAAGCGCCACCUGACCAGUGGGAGGCCAGGUGCGGCAUUGCUCUGGCACUGAACAAGCUAUCCCAGUACCUGAAUGAAUCUCAGGUCACCCCUCUGUUCCUGUUUUUUGUACCUGAUGCUCUGAACGACCGCCACGCUGAGGUGCGGCGCUGCAUGCUGGAUGCUGCCCUCUCGGCUCUCAACACCCACGGAAAGGACAACGUGAGCUCCCUGUUACCAGUGUUUGAGGAGUUCCUGAAGAAUGCCCCCCAGGACGCCAGCUAUGAUUCAGUUCGUCAGAGUGUGGUUAUCCUUAUGGGUUCUUUGGCUAAACAUCUGGAUAAAAGUGACCCCAAAGUCAAACCCAUUGUGGCCAAGCUUAUCACUGCACUCUCAACACCAUCACAGCAGGUCCAGGAGUCUGUGGCCGGCUGCUUACCUCCUUUAGUUCCUGCGAUUAAGGAGGAUGCUGCAGGCAUCGUACGAAAUUUACUCCAGUUGCUACUAGAGAGUGACAAGUAUGCAGAGAGGAAAGGAGCAGCCUAUGGACUGGCUGGCUUGGUCAAAGGUCUUGGGAUUUUGGCACUUAAACAGCAAGACAUUAUGACUACGCUGACUGAUGCCAUUCAAGAUAAGAAAAACUUCAGACGGAGGGAAGGAGCACUGUUUGCCUUCGAGAUGUUGUGCAACAUGUUGGGGAAGCUCUUUGAGCCAUACGUGGUCCAUGUGCUACCUCACCUCCUGCUCUGCUUUGGUGAUGGUAACCAGUAUGUCAGAGAGGCUGCAGAUGACUGUGCCAAAGCUGUAAUGAGGAACCUCAGUGCCCAUGGGGUGAAGCUAGUUCUUCCAUCCUUGCUUGUCGCUCUGGAGGAGGAGUCCUGGAGAACUAAAGCAGGCUCAGUGGAGUUGUUGGGUGCAAUGGCUUACUGUGCUCCCAAGCAGUUGUCCUCCUGUCUGCCCAGCAUCGUGCCGAAACUGACAGAGGUGCUGACUGACUCCCAUGUGAAGGUACAGAAAGCUGGCCAGCAAGCCCUUCGACAGAUCGGCUCAGUCAUCCGCAACCCGGAAAUCCUGGCUAUCACACCCAUCCUGCUGGACGCUCUUACUGAUCCAUCCAGAAGAACACAUACAUGCCUGCAGACAUUGCUGGACACGAAGUUUGUACACUUCAUUGAUGCCCCCUCCUUAGCCCUCAUCAUGCCCAUCGUCCAGAGAGCCUUCCAGGAUCGGUCAACUGACACUCGCAAGAUGGCCGCUCAGAUUAUUGGCAACAUGUACUCCCUCACCGAUCAGAAGGAUCUGUCACCCUACCUGCCUAGUGUAAUUCCUGGACUGAAGGCCUCUCUGCUGGACCCAGUCCCAGAGGUACGAACUGUUUCAGCCAAGGCCCUGGGUGCAAUGGUAAAGGGAAUGGGUGAAUCCUGCUUUGAUGACCUUUUGCCAUGGUUGAUGGAAACCCUGGCCUCUGAACAGAGCUCUGUAGAUCGCUCUGGAGCUGCACAAGGUCUGGCUGAGGUGAUGGCUGGACUGGGAGUGGAAAAGUUGGACAAGUUGAUGCCAGACGUGGUGCAAACAGCCAGCAAGGUGGACAUUGCGUCUCAUGUCAGGGAUGGCUACAUCAUGAUGUUUAUCUACCUUCCCCUCACCUUUGGAGAGAGGUUCACUCCCUAUGUGGGACCUAUCAUCCCUUGCAUUCUCAAGGCUCUGGCUGAUGAGAAUGAAUAUGUCAGAGACACAGCGUUACGAGCUGGACAGCGAAUCAUUAGCAUGUAUGCUGAGACUGCCAUCGCUCUGCUGCUACCUGAGCUGGAACAGGGUCUGUUCGAUGACCUGUGGAGAAUCCGGUUCAGCUCUGUACAGCUGCUUGGAGAUUUGCUAUUUCAUAUUUCUGGAGUGACAGGAAAAAUGACCACAGAGACCGCUUCUGAGGAUGACAACUUUGGAACAGCUGCUUCCAAUAAGGCUAUCAUUGCUGCGUUGGGUGCUGAGAGGCGUAACCGUGUCCUCUCUGGCCUCUACAUGGGUCGUUCAGACACUCAGCUAGUGGUUCGACAGGCUUCUCUCCAUGUGUGGAAGAUUGUGGUGUCCAACACCCCCAGAACUCUUCGAGAGAUCCUACCAACUCUCUUUUCUCUCUUGCUGGGUUUCCUGGCCUCCACAUGCCCUGACAAGAGAACGAUUGCUGCCCGGACCCUGGGUGACCUAGUGAGGAAGCUGGGAGAAAAGAUUCUGCCUGAGAUCAUUCCCAUUUUGGAGGAAGGACUACGCUCUGACAAGAGUGAUGAGAGACAAGGUGUUUGCAUCGGCCUGAGUGAGAUCAUGAAAUCCACCAGCAAAGAUGCAGUGCUUGUCUUCUCUGAGUCACUGGUUCCCACCGUGAGGAAGGCUCUCUGUGAUCCUCUAGAGGAAGUUCGAGAGGCUGCAGCUAAAACCUUUGAGCAGCUCCAUGCAACUAUUGGCCACCAGGCGCUGGAUGACAUUCUGCCUACUCUGCUCAAACAGCUGGAUGAGGAGGAGACAGCUGAGUUUGCUUUGGAUGGUCUGAAGCAAGUCAUGGCAGUGAAGAGUCGUUCUGUGCUGCCUUAUCUGGUGCCAAAGUUGACUGCUGCUCCAGUGAACACACGAGUGCUGGCUUUCCUCUCCGCGGUGGCUGGAGACGCUCUGACGCGCCACCUAGGGGUCAUCCUGCCCGCCAUCCUUUCCUCCCUCAAAGGGAAGCUGGGAACAGAGGAUGAAGCACAGGAGUUGUGCAACUGCCAAACAGUGAUCCUUUCGGUGGAAGAUGAAGUGGGACAGCGUAUCAUCAUAGAGGACAUGCUAGAGGCCACACGGUCCACUGACCCAGGCCUUCGACAGGCUGCGGUCACUAUCCUUAAUGCCUACUUUGCUCGUACACGCCUGGAUUACAGUUCCCACACACGCACCCUGCUGUCCGGUCUGAUCCGCCUUCUUAAUGACUCUAACCCUGAAGUCUUGUCUCAGAGCUGGGACACCAUUAAUUCCAUUACUAAGAAACUUGAUGCAAGCAGCCAGCUGGCUCUAAUUGAUGACCUGCAUCGAGACAUUAGGUCAGCAGCUGCAGAUGUGAAGGGGGAUCACCUACCAGGGUUCUGUUUGCCUAAGAAGGGCGUGACCUGCAUCCUGCCUGUCCUGAGAGAGGGUGUCCUCACUGGCAGCCCUGAGCAGAAAGAAGAGGCAGCUAAAGCGUUAGGAGCGGUCAUCAAGCUGACUUCGCCUGAGGCUCUGCGGCCCUCUGUCAUCAACAUAACUGGACCUCUUAUUCGUAUUUUGGGAGACCGCUUUGCCUGGACAGUGAAGAGCGCUCUGCUGGAGACUCUUACACUCCUGUUAGCGAAGGUGGGCAUUGCCUUAAAGCCCUUCCUGCCUCAGCUGCAGACUACCUUUCUGAAAGCUCUGCUAGAUUCAAGCCGUGCAGUGAGGCUGAGGGCUGCCGAAGCUUUAGGCCAACUAGUUUCCAUCCACACCAAGGUGGACCCACUUUUCAUUGAGCAGCUGUCUGCAAUUCGGAACGCUGAGGACUCUGGAGUCCGGGAGACUAUGCUUCAAGCCUUAAGGUUUGUCAUCCAAGGGGCUGGGUCUAAGGUAGAUUCAACAAUCCGCAAGAACAUCACCACUACAUUACUCAGCAUGCUGGGACAUGAUGAGGAUGCAACUCGAAUGGCUUCAGCAGGCUGUGUUGGUGAGCUGUGCGCCUUCCUGUCUGAGGAGGAGCUGAGGAGUAUGUUACUUCAGCAUGUUUUGGCAGACAUCUCAGGUGUGGACUGGAUGGUGCGUCAUGGCCGCAGCUUGGCCCUGGCCAUAGCGGUCAAGUGUGCUUCCGAGAAGCUGUGUGGAAGUGAAUAUUGCGAACCUGUGACGGAAACCAUUUUAGCGAAUGCCACUGCUGACAGGAUACCCAUUGCCACCAGUGGCAUCAGAGCACUGGGAUAUCUGAUGAGACACCAUCUGAGAACACAAGGAGGCAGUAGCAUUUCCCAGCGCAUCAUCACACAGUUUGUCAAGUGUCUUCAGAAUCAGUCCAGUGACAUCAGACUGGUGGCAGAGCGGGUGCUGUGGUGGGUGUUCAAAGAUCCAGCUACACCCUCCAUGGAGGGUAGUCUGAUCAAGCCUGUGCUGAAGAGUCUGCUUGACAACACCAAGGACAAGAACACCACGGUCAGAGCCCAGAGCGAACACACCAUUGUCAACCUGCUACGACUUCGCCAGGGUGAAGAAACCCUGCAGGCUAUGACUGCCAUUCUGGACUCUGCAAGUAAUGACCUAUUGUCAGAGUGUCAUCGCCGGUCCUUGAAAAAAAUCGCCAGCUUGCCAGACUCCAAUGAAGAGAUAGAUGACACCAUCCUAACAUGAUAUGGCAGGACUCAGCUGUAAAAUGAUGUCUGCACAAUUUAUGUGAAACAAAUCUCCACUGUAUGGAAACCCCAGACACACUCGCCACACAUGCUCAUAGUGCCCCUCAAGGACCAAGGCUGAGAUGGGAAAUGUUUUGACUCCUUCCUUCCCUGAAAACUUUUUUUUCCACAUCCUUUUUACCUUUCACCAUUGUUUUAGCGGCCAAUUUCUAAUUUUUAUUUUAUCUCACAAGGUGCAGGUUAUUCACCUGUACUAAACUACAUUAGGAAGACACAAUGCCAAAUCUGUUUUGGAAGUUUCAGUAUUUUGCUACUUAUUUUACAAAAUUAUUUCAACCAUUUCAGACAUUACUGUAAUGAAGUGACACGCCUGUGUUUUAUUUGGCUUUGUGUGAGAGUUGUUUGGGGGAAAGCAACCUCUUGAAAGCAUAAAAAUAAGGUUGUAAAAAGGCAAUACAAAAAUAAAAAAACGUGAUUUCA